UUAACAGAAUUUGGUAUGUUUUAACCUUUGAUUAUUAACACUUUAACAAAACUUGCAAUUCAGUCAACCAAAGGAUGUAUGCAUUAAACAGUUGUUUCUUUUUAAAAACAAAAAUACACAUUAAUCUUAAAAAAUCCAAGCAAUGCAACAAUUAAGAAAGAAACAACAUACGGCACAACCAAAAGUUGCUCCAUUACACAAAAUUAAAUCCUAAAAAAGUGCAACAAUUUAAAAGGUUAUAACCUUUGAGUUUCAAAAAAACAGUACAAAUACAAAGAAAGUAUAUCAUUCUACGCAUCAAUUCUCGUUCAAACUCCAAAAUAAAAAAAAUCAUCCUCUUAAAAUUAUCCACCAUUGGAGACGAUGACGAGCAAGAGUGCUUUGAAAAUCUAUGGUGAUUUAUUCUAUAAUAAGACCUUGUGGAAAACAAAAGGAAAAGAGGAGACAAAAGUUGUUACGGACCGUAUUAGGAUUAUAGUAGUUAGUUUUAUUUUUGCAACUGAUUUUAGUUACACCCAACUAAUUUCUCAUGUGCCUAUAUUAGUGAGGCUUCACUUGUAUUUUAUUAUUCUGUUCAAUAUAUCAAUAAAGAGAGGAUUUUCCUCUCUAAUAUGGUAUCAGCAUAACACACUUUCUAAACCCAAGUUUUUUUCUCACCUCUCUCUCUUCUCCGAUCUACCUCCAUGGCUCGGGCAAGAACAAGAUCCACAAGGGAACAACCCUCCUCCUCCAUCGAUUCCGACGCGCCACCUCCUCCUCCACUUCUGACCACUGCAUCUGGAAAUGGAGCCAAUGCCUCUGCUUCGAUUCUUCCCUAUUCAAGAUCGAUUUGCUCCAGAAGAUGCAAACAAUCCUUACUUCAUGAGCAACGAAGAUCACCCAGGGCUGAUUCUUGCUUCCCCUCCCCUCACGAACACCAAUUUUUAGCAAUGGCUGCUGCAAUGUGGACCGAACUCAACACAAGAUUCAAUCAAGGAAACGGUCCUCGCAUCUUCGAGCUUUCGGAAUCUCUCAUCACUCUACAUCAAGGAGACGAUUCUGUUAGUCCCUACUUUACCAAGCUCAAGGCAAUUUGGAACGAAAUCCAUGAACUUCGACCAUGCACACCAUGUACUUGUGCUGCUGCCGCUGAUAACCUUGAGUUCCAAAACCUUGAGCAAGUCUUGCAAUUUCUUACUGGCCUUAAUGAGUCCUACCAUGCCGUUCGUGCCCAGGUACUCCUCAUUGAGCCUUUUCCAUCAAUUUCAAAAGUUUUUUCUACCAUUGUCCAAGAAUAAAGACAGAGAAAAUUGAGGCCCUCGGCUACUACCACUUUGAUUGCUGCAUCCACACCCAACAUUCCUUCUUCCAAUCCACCUUCACUUUCGCAAUCAGAACCAAAAAGAUGCGACCUACAUGCUCUCAUUGCCAAAAGCCAAGGCACCUCAAGGAAAAAUGUUAUUUCAUCCAUGGUUUCCCUCCUGGAUAUGGCAGCAAGAAUUUCGAUUCCAAACCUACUGUCAACCAAACCACUGCUUGCUCUUCCACCUCUCAUGAACCAAGCAAUCAAGCUGUUAUUCAGAAUCUAAUUGCUUUACUUAGUUCUCAGCUUCAACAAGCAUCUUCUUCCACUUCAGAUGCCCAACCCGUGGUUUCCAGUCUUUCUGGUGACUUUGUAUCUUACUCAAGUUAUUAUUGGAUUGUAGAUAGUGGCUACACACCAUGCCUGUUGUAAUAUGUAGUCCUUUACAUCUUUUUCAGAAAAAUUAGUAACAACUUAUCUUACUUUACCUACUAGUUUAAGAGUUCAUGUAUGUAAAUCUGGCACUAUCAAGUAGAACCAUGCUCUAUGCUUAUAUAAUGUGCUAUAUGUCCCAGAUUUCCAAUUUAACCUCCUUUCAGUUUCUGCAUUAUUACAAACUAACAAGUGUACAUUGUCCUUUUCUCAUUCUCACUGUCUCAUACAUGACAUAACCCAGAAGAAGGUGCUUGGGAUUGCUAACCGCAUAGGACAUCUCUACUUUCUGCAACAAGACAAGUCUUAUUCACAUUCUUGUUCAUUUGUACAUUCUAAACAUUCGUGUAUUGAUGUCCAUACUUGGCAUACCUGAUUAGGACAUCCUUCCAUGAAAGUUACAAAUUCAUUGAACAAAGAUAUUCCAGCUUCCUCUA